UGGCUGUAUGCGAGGCUGCUAUUGUAACUGCUCGGUUUGUUUUGUUGAUGCGCUUGUUUUCAAAACGGCGUUGGCGUGCUCGUACACGUGGUUCUAUGUGGUUCCUUCGUGAACAUGCCGUGCGUGAAGCUCUGAAACAUGGAAAAGACAGAGUACCUCUCAAGCUGCGCCCAGUUUCUAUCAGAAUUCUCUUGGAUCUGCAACUCUCGCAUGACAGACUUGCUCAUUGCCGGCACACUGGACGCGGUACCUGCUGAGUGGGUGAAUCACCUAGACAAGCUUUCUGGUGAAGAACUUGGCAAGGUGCCCUUUGGACUAAUCAAGAGUGAUUGGCCUUCCAGCCUUCAGUCUUUUGUAUCUCGUGCUGUGGAACUGGGAGAAGCUCGCUUUCUGGAGCCACCUUCUGAGCUGGUUGCAAAGAAGACAGUCCUGCCCCCUGCUUGGCGUCAAGGCCUGACACCCAAGAAGCAGUUGGAGCUGGAGUGGCUUGCCACUCUGGUGGCAGACACUUGCAUUGCAGUGCAAUGCGGAAGGGUCUUAGAUAUUGGUGCUGGUUUGGGCCACUUGGCAAGGGUGCUGCACCACAGGUAUGGGUUCACGGUCCUUGGCAUCGACUGUGACGCUUCCUACUUGCUCAAGGCCCAAGAGCACCUACGACAUUUUGACUGUGCUGAGAAUGUUCACUACUUCACGCUCCAAGUGGAUGACAGCGCAGCCACAGUGGAGAAGCUGCGCCACCUCCUAAGAAACUGCCCAGACCAUUCCCCCUGUGCCUGCGGUGAAGAGUACAAGUUUGUCAAGGAGCUCACCACAAAAAAUCGUUAUGUCCUGGUGUCACUGCAUGGCUGCGGCCAACUGAGUCCUGGCUUGAUGCGGCUGUUUCAUGCAAUGCCAGAGCUUGAAGCCUUGGUGUGCAUUGGAUGUUGCUACCACAAGGCUGCCCAACUGCACAACUACUUUCCUCUGAGCCGUGAGCUGACCAGCUUGGGUGACCGGUGGCUUAGCCCUGGCACUCAAUACCAGGGGCUACGCCUAGCUUGUCAGGAACUGCGGGACAGCUGGCAACCUGACCGGGAACCAUGUCACCUACUCUUCAGAGCCUUACUGGAAGUUGCAUGCCAAAAGUAUGGUCUUCCAUGGAAGAAGUCACGCCGCCACAUGGCCAGGCAUUCGCUAAUGUCUUCCUGGGAUGCUUAUCGAGAGCACGUCAUGCAAGAUGUCCACUGCCAAACAAGUGAACGUGACAUGUGGUGCGGCAUCCUCAACCAACUGCACGCCAGACACCAGCACCAGCUUUCAGCAGUCCGUACGCUCACGCUCCUCCGGCAGCUGCUGCAGCCUUGUUGGGAAGGUAUGGUGCUUGGUGACCGGGCGUGCUGGAGUGGGGCUCAGUUGGCAGCUGCCUUCCCGUCUGCCGGCUCCUCGCCACGCAACAUUGCCCUGCUCCUGGCUCGCCAGCCUCCGCCACAUUAGGCUUCAUCUAAACUUUAAGAGACUACGGCUGAUGGUGGUCUUGCUGGCAUAUGGCGAGAUCUCCCUGUGGCACAGCAAUGUGGCCAUUCAACGACAGAAGUGUGGUUGCGGCUACACUCUGGCAUUGUUGGCAGCCUCACUACCACUGAUCACUCAACCACUAAUAUCGUCACUAGGGCCUUUCCAGUUCACUUCGAAUAUGUAGCUGACAGCAUUUGAGAACGAACCGCCGACGCUUCCAUGCCACAAUGUUUUGUUACUGUUGUUGCUGCUUUACCUUCACCUCACAAUAAUUUCACAUAAAGAAGAAAACAUUCCAAUAUUUGCAAUGACACCAGCUGCGGUGCACUGUCAGUAGCCAUGCACUGCAGCUGAACUUGACUUGUAUCCGAACUCUCGUUGGUGCUAAACGUUUGACCGUGGGUAUUGCUUUUAAUAAAAUGAACAUUACACAUCA